CAUAUUACGCGAGAAUUCAACUUGUCCCAGAGCUGAAAGGCUGGCUGAACAGUCAAGUUGUUGAACAGUUCUUUGCAAACAUGAGGAAAAGCAAUUACUUUUUAAGUAAUAUGAGUCCAUCCACACGUGUUUCUGAUGAGAAAUAUAACUCAUCAUUAUAACACUGUCACCAACAAGAAACUUCUGGAGAGGCAGCUAAGACAUGGUCGACUUGGAAAGAUCAAUAUCUCAUUGUCGGCACUGGGUCAAGCUGUCGUAGCCCCACAGGUGUGCAAUAAACCCAGAGAAACCACAGAAACGGUGUUGAACCCAGCACCUUCAAUGUCUGGUGACACUGAACCUCAGGUAAGAGUUGACAACAAGAAAGCCAAUAGAAGGUCAACAGAUGCAACUUUUCCUGACCUGUGUGGACCACCGUGCGAAGCUCUGACAAAGCCUGAGAACAUUUUGGCCAGCCGUUCAUCAUGGUGUUUUGUACCGCACCCUGGCCAACAACAGCUUCUCAACUAUGUUCUGGACAUCAGCAGACCCAAAGAUGAGCUGAUUGUUGAAACGUCUUCUGGAUGCAUCACGCGGGCAGAUUUUUGGACACUGGGUUUAAACAAACAAAUGGAAUCGACUAUUGGAAAUGGCUGUUUUGAGCUUAUCACUAAAAUUGUUCAGUCAAAGGGGAUAAGCAUUUACAUAGAAAAUCUGUAUGUCACCCGGACUUGGCUUGCACCCUAUGGCUGUGAUCCAUUGCAGUCCUUUCCUACUGAUGCUCAGAGGAUGGACAUCAUAGUUCUCCCUCUCUAGACACCUGGUCAUUUCCAGUUGUGUGUAAGUCUUGUUUUUUGACACAUACAAACUGUUAGAAUUUUGCUAUGUGUCUGAGAUGUAUUCAAGCUUUUAUGACACAGUUUCAAAAGUCUUUGAUUGUGAUCGCUUGCAAUGACAUUGUUUUCAGGUUUGAAGUCAUGGCUAACUGUCUUUUAGGUACUGAAGCCACCUAAAAGAGAAAUCCUCUUUCUUGACCCAUUAUACACAAAGGCAGGAUUUGGUGGCCAACAAUAUGUUUCACUUUUGAGGUCACAUUUUUAUAAGCAUGUUUGGUUUGUUCCAGAGUUUUCAGGAACCUGUUCAGUGUUCCAGGUUAAGUGCAUCCCAGAUCAUGUUCUGCUGAUCUUGAGUGUUCACACAUACAGUACACUCACAUGCUUUUUUUAUAAACUAUAUCAGCAUGAUGCUUCAACAUUUUAUUCUAUUUCUCAUCUUCACAUUCUGAUCAAGUCAGUGAUGCUGUCUUUAGAUGAGUUUCAGACAUAAAUAGGGUCUUCAAAUGUUCUAGUUUAACAUAAAACACCAUUAAAUAUUAGUUUGUAAAAUAUGCCAACCUGAAAUUAAAGCUGAAAAUGCUUAAUUUUGACCAACUGUGAGCAUGUGACUGUACUUUUUCAUUUUGUUAUGCUGUUUUGUUGAGGUCGUGUUCCUAAGGCCUGUAGUUACAGUUGGUGCUAUUAGCAAUAAACAUUUCACACCCAUCAUGAUGAUGUCUGUUAACUUGUGAAUGUAACUGUCUU